GGGAGGGGGAGGGAAGGGCAGUGGGAAGGUAGUGUGACACGUGUCAAUCAACCCCCCUCCGGGGGGCGCGCGCUCCGGGGCUCGCGCCGAGGGCUCGCGCCCCUGCCUCGUGCCUGCGCCGCUCGUAUGUAAAUGAGGGCGCGUGACGCGGGACGCAGAUGGACAAGGGAAGAGAGAGAAUGGCCGCUGCCGCCGCCGCUGCUGCCGCCGCCGCCGCCGCCGCCGCUGCUCAGUGCCGGAGCCCUCGGUGCGCGGCGGAGAGGAGAGGAUUCCGGCGGGAACUCGACUCUUGGCGCCACCGCCUCAUGCACUGUGUAGGUUUUGAGAGUAUUUUAGAAGGGCUUUAUGGACCACGGCUACGAAGAGACCUCAGUUUAUUUGAAGACUGUGAACCAGAAGAGCUGACUGACUGGUCUAUGGAUGAAAAAUGUUCAUUUUGUAACCUACAGAGAGAAGCAGUCAGUGAUUGUAUACCAUCUCUUGAUUCUUCACAGUCAACACCAACAGAGGAACUAUCAUCUCAGGGCCAGUCCAACACUGAAAAGAUUGAAUGCCAAGCAGAAAAUUACCUAAAUGCACUCUUUCGAAAGAAAGAUCUUCCUCAGAACUGUGAUCCUAACAUUCCCCUAGUUGCUCAGGAAUUAAUGAAAAAGAUGAUACGUCAGUUUGCAAUUGAGUAUAUUUCAAAAAGUGGUAAAAUUCAAGAGAAUAGAAAUGGUUCAGUUGGACCAAGUCUAAUAUGUAAAAGUAUCCAAAUGAAUCAAGCAGAAAACUCGCUUCAGGAAGAACAGGAAGGCCCCUUAGACCUCACUGUGAAUCGAAUCCAAGAACAAAAUACUCAGCAAGGGGAUGGAGUGUUAGAUCUCUCUACAAAGAAAACCAGCAUAAAAUCUGAAGAGUCAUCCAUAUGUGAUCCUUCUUCUGAAAAUUCAAUGGCUGGUUCAACUGUUGAUGCAAAAUCAGAGGAAGCUACUAAAAUGGAAAAAGGAAAAUCAGCAUUAAGCAAAGUUUUGGAAUCUUUGUGCAUACAUCACCAGCAACAAGUUUUGGCUAUGUUGAAAUUUCUAGUCCAAGAGCAGAAUGCUGCUUCUCUUUGCUGUUGUAAUACAUCAUAUACUGUGUCUUCAGAAUCUCAAAAGCCCCUAAUUGAAGAUGAUGUAGAUGGUCUAUUCUGUAGUUGUGAAUAUAGGCUGGCAGAAAGAGGGUGUUUACAAAAUGAAAGACAAAGCCCUGGUUUUGUGCCUCUGCCAGUCUGUAUUAAAGAUUCGCAUUGUUUAUCUUGCCAAACUGUAACUGUUGAACACAUUAAGACAGUAGCAGAUAGAGGAAUUGGAAACAGUUAUAAUUCUCACAGGUGCUGUGCUGGACUGUUACCAAACAUUCAUUCCACAAAAUCAGCCUUUCAUACUCUUGUUUCAUCAAGGGAAGUACGUGAUGUUUCAGUAAGUCUUAAGGAUGUUUGUAGAUCUCGAAGUCCCUCACCCCCGCCAUUAUCACCUGUACAGACGGAAGGAUUUGAAAAAUUGAAAGAUGUCAUCUCAGAGUUUUCAGCCUUAGAAAAUAACAAACUUGAAACAAACAUUAACCAGCCUCCAUCUCUCACACCAGCAGAAAUAAACAGUGACAAAGGUGAUCAUGAAAGUAAAAUGUGUAAAACUAAAAAAUCCAGUAACUCUGAUUCUUUGCUCUUAGAAGACAGCAAUAAUUGUACUACAAAUCAUGAAAAAGGUGAAACUACUGUAAUUUUUCAAGAUUUAAUGGAUCGUAUUAAUGAAAAAUUAAAAUCAAUAGAAACUAUAGAUAUGACAAACUUUAUAAAAUUCUCUAGCAGUGAUGGUAAUACAGAUAAUGAUUUAAAAUUGAGAGAUUUAAUAACCUCUCUGUUGCAUAAUGCAAAAGCCAGUGAUUACAGUUUUAUGGAAUUACUGAGUCAACAUGAUAAAAAGGUAGAAAAUAAAAUUAUUCAGACAAGAUUUCGAAAGCGUCAAGAAACCUUAUUUGCAAUGCACAACUCUCCUGACUCACCUAUAUUUAGAAGGCAGUCUUUACAGAUAAAAAGGGAACUUGCUAGUCUUGAUGAAAAUUUUAUAAGAAAAAAAUACACUGAAAAAAAUUCAAGGAAACUUACGCGCAAUGAUGAUCCACUUUCAACGGACAAAGAAGAAUUCUAUCAUUGCCAAGGGCCUUCUUUACAAAAUUCUAAAAGCGUUCAAGGUAAUAAUCAUGCAGAAACAUCAUAUUCACCAGAUUAUGCAUUACAGUCAUUGCAACUACCUCUUCAUAAUUUAGAAACUAACUUGGCUUUUGAUGCAUUUUCAGAAAGCUAUAAAACAACUGAGAAAAUGAGCAUAAGAAGAUCACAGGAGAAAUCUGUGGCUGGAAAAACAUUUUUGCAAAAUUAUAAGGAGAAGCCAAAAUUACAGAAUACUCAAACUCCUUUGAAAAGUGAUGUUCCUGGACUUUUGAACAGAACUAAACGAAAUAUUGUGCCUCCAGGGUGGUAUUCUAUAUAUGUAACAAAUAAUUAUGUUUUCAAAAAAUCCCCUAAGGCCAAAAAAGUUUCUGAAUCCAUAAAAAAAAAAGAUCCAGUGAAAAACAUUCAGAUUGAAAACUCACACGAUAUAGAUCUAAACAAAAUUGCAAUGAAUUCUAAUUUACAGGUUGUUGUGGAACGUUUGGAAGAUACAAUAAAUAUGGCCCAAAAGUCUUGGAAUAGUCAGUCAUUAUCAGAAGGAUAUAAAGCAUCCAAGAAAUUGAUAGAAAUUGAUGGUAAAGAUCAAAAUACUGCUAGAAAUAUGACUCUUGCUGUAAGUAGAAUGGCAUGCAAAGAGCAGAGUUUAUCGAAAUCUGUGGUAACAUCCAUCAAUAUUAAAAGCAAUCAUACACCAACACUUGAUUUGAAUAACAAAAGACCUGAUAGCCAGAAAAAGUCACCCCUUUUAGAUAUGGGUAGCUUGAUGUCCAGUGUUGAAAAUGUACCAACAAAAUAUAAAGCCAUUGAAAGAUCUUCUUUUUCCAACUAUUCUAGUCCUAUCAAACUCAUGUUUUUAUCUGAGGUUAAAAGCAGUGAAGGAGUCAAAUACACUUUAACUUCGGUCGGUACUUGUGAAUCAAAUACUGAUCUUCCUUCUUCUGAAAAACGACCAACCCACCAAGUAACUGACCAAAGAAAAGAAACAAAUGAGGAUAUACCGAAUGUCAACUUUGAAAAUUAUAGUUCCAAUCUUAAUAAUAGUGCUACUCUUCAAAGAGAACUAAGCAAAUUUAAUUGUGCAAAGGAAGCUGCAGAAUCCUCUGCAAUGUUUAUGGAUGAUAUGAUGAGUGAUAAGCCUCAAGAGGAACCUAAGGAAUAUUCAAGCAGCGCUGUUGAUUCAUCUUUUAAAAGAAAACCAGGUAGACCUAAAAAAAUAGGUCCCCAGGUUGUGAAACAGAUUAAGCGACCGAUUGGAAGGCCACCAAAACCUAAAACUGACCAAACAGACAUCACCCUUUGCCAAAAUGAGUCCUUCAGUGCUGGAAAGAAAAGUCCAGAAUCUCUCUUAUCAGAAGUAAAAGAAGGUAUUUAUAAAAAGAGUAUCACGGUAACUGUCAUUUAUGGAAGGUCAAGAAGAACUAAAAGGCAUGUUUCUGAAGGAAGUGUGGACAUAAGCAAUGUUCUGUCUGUAAACAAUAACGCUGCUGGUUUUCCAGCAGGAUGUAACGGUCUCCGGACCAUCGGAGAGUGUGAGGUGGGCUCUGGCAAGAGGACAAGUGCUGCUGCAAGCUUGACUACUGACAGCGGGGUCUCGGGGCCCGGCUUGGAACACGGCAGCCCUGUCAAGAACAAGUCUGUCAUACCUCAGCCUUCCAAGAACAUUAUUCGACCAAAUCAGAAGCCCUUGGCAAUCAUUAGGAAGCCCGGUAGACCUGCAAAAGUGAAAAUCUCUGGCAUAUCUGUGACUAUUCAUAGAAUUUCACCUCAGGAGAGGGAAGUAAGUAUUAGCAGUUGCUUACCUCCUUUAGAACAAGAGAAUAUAUUAGAAAAAAAUCUGCCUGAAGAAAAGCAUGAUCACCAGCGCAGUAAGGUGAGCACAAGGCACACUGAAGCUGACGAGUUUAAGAGUGGAUCAGAAAGUAUGGUUGCUACUAUACCUUUGAGACAUUCUGUUAGGGAUAGAAAACCAUCUCUGCAUUUCUUACAUUCAUUAGCAUCUUCUAGUUCACUUAUUUGUAGAAAUGCUCUGCUCCAUAAAUCAUGUAAAAUCCAUUUGCAGAAAAGUCAAAGUCAGAAAGAUAAACAUAAGCAGUCAAGGAUUAAAAUAGCUUCCAAAGGUACUCCAGGAGCUAGAAAUUCAAGAAAUGCAAAGACGUGUUUGGAAAAUAAAUUAAUACCUGUUUCUGAAGUAUCCUUGGACCCUAUAAUUUCAUCAAACCCUUUGCUCAGGUGGUGGGCUGCUUCUACUUCAAACGAUUCCUUAUUAGAGGAAUUAAACAAUAGAUUUGAGCAAAUAACAAAUGCUUGGGUGCGUGUGAGUGGAGAUGAAGCUGAAAAUUGUGUUAAAAAAAGAGAACAUGUUGAAAAUGAUAACUUCAAAAUAACAAGCCCUUUGGAAACCUGUCUUUUAGAACUUGAAGUUUCACCUGUAAAAAUGCUUUUUCAGAAAAAGUAUGAUUUGAAUGAACUCUGUACCUGGUUUAUGCAAACAACAGAGACACAAUCUCUUUCACUAGUUAGAAAAGCAAAUGCUCGAAACCCUUUGGAAGUAAUAAAUACCAGAGGAAUUAAAUUAGGGAACAAAUAUUCCGAUUUUAACACCAGCCCCUUCAGAAAGCACUUUAAAAAAUUUGCACUAUCUUCUCCUUCAAAAUCAUCAGGGAAGUUGCAUUUACUACAUAAAAUGGUUAGCUCUCCACUUUUAAAUGUGAAAAGUAAUUUAACCCUAACUAGAUUAAAAAGAACUGAGUUUAAGAGGUUGCAGCAUGAAAGGUGGAGGCGAGAGGGAAAGCUGCACAGCCAUGGAACAGGUGAUUGGAUCUCUAAGAGGAGAAACUUAAGAUUUUUCUGCCAGAACCAAUUUUUAAAUAAGACUGAGGGGAAAACAAAUGCUGACAUCCCACUCCAAGGGAAAAACACAGUAGAUAAUCAGUUUAUUUUGCCACCUGAGAUCAGGGAUGACUUUUUGCAGCAGAGGGUGGCAAUGUCUGACUUCAAAACACAUGCUAGUUUAGAGAAUAAAUUUAAGUCAGAAGCAAAGGAGAAUGGAACAAACUGCAGUCAAAAAGAUUUUGAAAAGGGGCCAAGACUAGGAAAUGUGUGUCCAAAUAAUUGGAGGUCAAAAACCUUAAAAGAUUGUAGAAUAUUUUUGAGGAAGAUCAACUAUCUUGAACACAGAAAUACUUUUAAGCUAAAUACAAUCAUUUACGCUCCUGAAUCUGUUGACAGUGGAAGUAAUCAUCAGACUCAUGUAGAAGACUCAAAGCGCUUUACCUUAAGAUCCCAUUCUGCUAGGCAAAAUUGUUUUAAAAAGCAAUCUAAAGAAAUAGAAAAUGCUAAAGCAAAUAGUCCUUCAAGCGAUAAAUUUCCUAGCCAACUUGACAGUAGUAAGUUAAAUAAAUGUGUUAACUAUGACAAGAAUCCUUCUGAUAAUUCUGAAGUUCUUAGCAAAUUGAACAAAAGGAAAAGACCACCAUGGAAGACCACAGAAAUGUCAACAAAAAGACAUAAACGACAGUCUUGCAGCAGUGGACAAAUGGCAAACUAUUAUUCAAAAUCCCAACUAGCAUGCUACAAGUGAAAACUGAUGAGAAACUGAAUUUGUCUGAUGGGAAUACAGCAAGUUGCCCUUUGAGCCCCGUUAAGAUGUGCCUUAAUCGUCCCACUGAAUGGAAUCUGAAUUUGACAGCAGCAUCUCUAGCGAGCUGUACAGUCCAAAACC